GAUCAUCUUCUUCCUCAUAACGUUCAGUUUUACCGGCGACCGGAGAUGGAGAUCCGGGAGAAGCUUCUGAAGUUCAAGCACCACAUCGUCUUCGCCUUCGUUUUCUCUCUGCUCACUUUCGCUCUUGUCACCUACUCUCCCGGUUUCCUCACCGUCUUGUCCUAUUUCUGGCCUCUCCUUCUCUCCACCGCUCUCUUCCUCGCCGCUGUUCUCUUCUUCGCUGGCAACUCCGGUGACUCUCCGACGACCUCCGCCGCCUCCGGAGACGGUGGCGGAGCCUUCAAGGCCGAGACGGAGGGCUUUCUCGAUUACAUCGUCGCCGGACAGCCCGAAGAGACUCUCCUCAACACCAGCUUCGGCAAGCUCGAGUAGUUCAAGACUGACUUCAAGUUUGAUUAGAUAUGUUUUUUUGUUUGUAUUUUCUUUCUUCUUUAGUUAUUUUUUAGAGUAUUACCGAAUUUAAAAAAAAAAUGUAAUAUUACGAAAGAAUAAUCGAAGAAUAAAUAUUGAUCUA